AUCCUUCGGGAGAAAAUCCAAAUUUCACAGAUCACUCUGGAAAGAAGAAACCGUCAAUUUCUCUCAUCAACUCUCAGUGUUUCCGGCGGUGUGUUACUGUGUGCGUUUUUCUAUGUAUAUGAACUCUUUUUCAAGGAAAUUAUGCAAUUCCUUGCAAAGAGCUUUUUUCAAUUUUGAUCUUCCGGGAGAAAUUCCUCCGGAUGUUUUUCAUUCCUUUCAAUCCUUUCAUUGUGAAUGAUCUGUUCAUCUGUUCGGAAACUCCUCUGCUAAUUUCUGAAAAUUUCUGAUUUGAUCGCUCUUAAACGGAGACGAAAAGCGUUUUUGAAUGGUUACUCGGCUAGUUCUGUUAGGUUCCGUUUAAUUUCCUGCAUUUCCUGAUUGAAGAGAGAUGAUGGAUUUGGGAGUGUUUGAUGUCGUCAAAUCGGAGAAGGCCAAAGCGGUCGCGAGGUUUAAUCGCUUCCGCCGGAUGAUGAAGAUGAUCAAGUGUUUCGAAUUGAUCGGCGUCCUGAUGGUGAUUUCAUGGUCCUGUACUCGAAUUCCCGGCGUCGUGAAACUCGCCGGCGUUUGUUUGGUUGAGUUGUGGAAUUAUGCCUGCAAUCCUCACAUCGUGUUCGUCAUCGGAAACGCCAUAAUAGUUUCCCUGUUCGUGCUCUGCCGCAAAACCGGCGUCGGUUGCAACUCGGUCGUCUUCGAUUUCUGCUUAGACGACCGUGAUGAAAUCAGCAGCGGUGAAUCUCAACCGCCGAUGAACUCGUCGGAAGAGUCCGUGCCUCCACACCAUUCGGAGGCUGAGGAAGAAGAAACAAAGCAGAUUGUCUGCUCCGAGAGCGCGAUUCAGAGUCCGCAAUGCAACGAGAUUUCAGCGGCGAUGAAGAUGGCUGAGAAACAAAUUGAGAAGUUCCGGAGGACUCAGUCGGAAAGUCUGAAGCGAGCUAUGGCGUUGAAGCCUGAGAGAGAACUCCGGCGAUCAGCAACGGAGGUGCGGCGAGAGGCCCCCAAUUUCACCGGAAAACGAGUAGUACCGACGGUAGAAGAUCUCAACAGCGAGGAGUUUCGGCUAAGAAUCGAGAAAUUCAUCCGGCAAAAUCAACAGUUGUUCCAAAUUGAGAACGGCCUGCGUACAUGAACCUUGUAAACCUGAAGAUCAUAGCUGAAAGCCUGAAAUAGAUUCAUUUAAUGCUCCCCUUACCCUUUCCUAUUUCCUAUAUCAUCUCAUUACUCAUGUGAAUCCUUUUUAAUUCUCGUGAUAUCGUGUAUUAACUUUUUAUUUGAAUUUGGUUUUUACAAUUCAAGAAAAGCUUAAUACAAUUUGCCUUUUAUGUCUUUUAUACAUUUUAUUAAUUAAUACAGA